UAUGCGUCUGUUUUGUCACCCUUGAAAAAUAGGUGGAAAGUCCGAAAUACCUGAAUAAAUAAAGGACGUGCUAAUAAUAUGGUUCCGAUUAGCAGGAAAUACAUUUAUCCCGGAGCAACCAGAACUGAGUCAGAACUGAGCGCUCUGACGUUGUCUAGGAAGCAAGGGGCGGUCGUCGAGUACUCAACCACACUACGGCGCGCAAGGAGGUGUCUGGUUUUGUUACCAGUAGCUACGUUUUGAACAAGCCUUGCGUCUCCAACACAGUCAAUUGAUUUUCGGAAGAGCCUGCUACUGGAAGUGAUCGCCAAGAAAGAACUAUGUGCAACGCUUUCCGUUAGAGAAAUCUUGAAACACCGUAUGAUCCAGACGAAUAAAUUUGGGGCAUGAGGGCUGAGGAGUGAGGUUUGGCUCCUGGCGUGACGCGUGAAGAGCCGCAGGGCGGGAUGUUGGAGGAGGAAGAGGUGGAGGUGGCGGGUGGAGGUAUGAGCCUCCGGGCAGAGGUGGAGCGGCUGACGGCCGAGCUCCAGGAGGCCAACGAGGAGAAGCUCCAGGCGGCACGGUAUGGCCUGGCCGUGCUGGAGGAGAGUGCAGCUCUGAAGAGCAGACAUAACCAGCUGGAGGAGGAGCACGAGGCCCUCAGACUGGAGGUGCAGCAGCUGCGUGAGGCCCUGGCCGACUCUGUGAGCAGCCAAAAACGUGCAGCAGCAGAUGGGCAAAAUCGAGAGGAGAACCUGCUCCAGGAGACAGCCAGCAAGGAGGCUGCCAUGGCGACGCGAAUGGAUGACCUGCAUGCGGAGCUAAAGCAGGCCCGUAUGGCACUGGCCAAUAGCAUUGCUGAAAGUGAGAGGCUGGCAAAUCUCACUACCCAGCUGAAAAAGGAGUGUGAGUGUUUGGAGGCAGAGAAGGCUCAUGUGAGAGAGGAAAUAAGGGAGUUUAAGGUUCGGGAACUUCAGCAGCUCCAGGACAACAGUGAACUGGAGGAGGAGAACACCUCCCUGCAGAAACAAGUCUCUGUACUCAAAGAGAACCAGGUAGAGUUCGAGGCCCUGAAGGUGGAGCUGACCCAGAAGGAGGAGGAGCUGGAGCUUCUCCGGGCCCAGCUAGAGGAGGCUGGGCGCCUGCGCGAAAUCGCUGAGCGGCAGCUGGACGAGGCGCUGGAGGCGCUGAAGGAGGAGCGUGAGCAGAAGAACAGCCUGCGGAGGGAGUUGGCGGCUCACACGAUUAACCCCUUCGACUCCGUAGCGCACCUGGACCUGGGCCUGGAUGAUAGCCUGGAUGCCGGCAGGACCAAGGACGAGGCCGAGGGGCCAGAGGGCAGGGACGGCCCAUCGGACGAGCAGGACAGCGGCUACAACCACUCCAAGGGCAGCGAAAAGCAGCGGUGCUCCACGCCCAGGAUUGGCGAGCGCUUCCUCCGCCCCCAGGCCCCGGGGCUGGUGGCCGACCUGCUGAGCGAGCUGCAUCUGUCCGACAGUCAGAAGCUCCAGCAGCAGCUACUGCAGGUGGAGAGGGAGAAAGCCACCCUAACCGGUACAGUUCAGGAGCUCCAGGAGCAGCUGGCUGAGUCCCAAGAGAUCCUGGACGAGCACAAGGUGAAGGUGGAGCAGCUUUCACAGCGCCUGGAGGCACUACAGAGCUGUUCUGCUCUGUCCACGGCCCACCCAAGGGGCGAUGCGGGCGGCGGCGGGCACACCCAGCUCCAGAACGGCUCGGAGCUAGAGAGCGCAGCGGUCGACGGCGACUACGAGCUGGACGCGCGCAGCGCUGAGGUGCUGGAGGGCCGCAUGCGGGCGGCUAACGCUGAGCUCAUGCAGCUGCGCGAUGAGCUGAAGGAGGCGGGCGAGCACUGCAAGGCGCUGGACGAGCGCCACCAGCAGGAGAAGGAGCGCUGGCGCACGGAGGCGCAGGAGCUGGCCGACAAGAUCCGCCAGUGCAUCGCCGCCAGCCGCCACGACCAGGAGCGCAUCGGGCAGCUGGAGCGGGAGAUCGGCGCCACCCGCCGCGUGGCCACCGACUCGGAGGGCCACCUGAGUGCCACGCAGGAGGAGCUGCUGGCCUUCUCCGAGGAGCUGGCCAACCUCUACCACCACGUGUGCGUGUGCAACAACCUGACGCCGCGCCGUGUCACGCUCGACUACUACCGCGAGGGUGGCCGCCUUAGCCGGCACCACCAUUCCAGCACGCGCCACCACCAUGGCGCCUUCCGCAAGCAGAGGCGCUCGGCCGAGGCACUCGGCAAGGAAGGCCACGCCCCUGAGGCAGAGGCCAGUGGCGAGGACCCGUCGGCACCCUGGGGGAACGGGCCCAGCUCGCCCACGCUCGACUUCCGGGACCCCACCAAUGUGCGCAACCUGGUGGCUGUCAUUCGCUGCCAGAUUAAACACCUCCGGGUGGCAGUGGACCUAUGCCGGCAGCGCGGCACUUUGCCCUCCACAUCUGCAGGGGGCAGCACUGAGUCUGACCGCGAUGCAGAGGCACUGCUUGAGGAGGUGCUGAAGCUGAAGUCUCUCCUGAGCACUAAGAGAGAACAGAUCGCCACACUCAGGACCGUCCUGAAGGCCAACAAACAGACGGCGGAGCUGGCCCUGAACAACCUGAAGAGCAAGUAUGAGACGGAGAAGAGCAUGGUGUCUGAGACCAUGGUGAAGCUGCGGAAUGAGCUCAAGGCCCUGAAGGAAGAUGCUGCCACUUUCUCCUCGCUGCGGGUCAUGUUUGCUAGCAGAUGUGACCAGUAUGUAACUCAGCUGGAUGAGAUGCAGAGGCAGCUCGCCGCAGCCGAGGACGAGAAGAAGACACUGAACUCACUCCUGCGCAUGGCCAUUCAGCAGAAGCUUGCACUCACCCAGCGCCUGGAGGAUCUGGAGGCCCCCCUGCUCGCGCACAGCAACGGUGGCAGCCCCCGGCGCUCGCGCACCAAGCAGCUGGGCACCAAGUCGGGCCGCGCGCCACGCAGCCCCAUGCGGAGCAGCUCGCGCACCAGCCCCGCGCUGCCACCCUCGCCGGGCCCGCAGGGCGUAGGCGGCCACGCGAGGGCGUUGUCGCGCAGCCUCUACGGCAGCCCCCGGUGAAACUCCACCACCAAAACCACCACCACCUCCACCACCACCCCUCCUCCACUCCUGCUCCAGUCUGUGUGGACCGUGUUCAUGCUCAGCCCAGAACCACCCGUAACCCUCCAGACCUGACCUGACAUCUUCAUCACAGACCACAACACCUUGGGCUCCCCUCUUCUCCCUCCCUCUCUCUGUCCUCCUCUGACUGACUUGAGAUUAUUGUUGUUGUUGUUUUGUUUGUGUGUGUUUUUGUUUUCUUUUCAAAUUUUUCUCUUCUUCCUCAUUUACCUUUCUUGUUCUACCUUUGUGUCAAGCGCUUUUUGUUCUCUUUGACUCCUGGGCCUUGGCCUCUACCUCACGUCUCUGUUCUCCUCCUCCAUUCCUCACUGCCCCUCUCUGCUCAGUGGGCUCCAAGUGUUAUGCAGCUCUGCGGAGCCAAAAACUGUCCACAGCCUCACCUCAUUUCAUAAAGGGGCUUCCGCUGGAAGGAGAGUUACCUUCCCGUCUUGCCUUCAGCUCCUCACGAUGUCCGUACCACUCCAAAACCUCUCUGAGACCACUGUAUGUAAAACAAAACUGACUAGCCUUUUCCUCUAAUGUCUUCAUCUGCUGUUUAGUGAGGCGUGUGUAUGAUGUAUAUGGAACGCUUGCUCUCUUUUUAAACCAUCAUGGCAGACCCUCUUGAGUGACGGACACGUCCUGCAGUAUUCGAGCAUUCCUCACGCCGCUGUCAUCGUGAACCACGAUGCACUGCUCUCGAAGCUUUGCCCUUCAAACCUCUGUGUCAACAAGCUGCUAGUUGAGCUUCCUCCUCAUGCUGUCUUAAGGGUUAACAGAAACUCAAACUUUUUUAUCCCACAACAGCAGUAAAUCCUUUGACUGUUAGGGCAAACUUUCAUCUUCUUUACCUCAGAUUUGGAGGUGGUAAUGCAAAGGAACCAAUAGCUAAAACGUAUCUAUGCAGAGGUAUGGAGGUCUUGCUGCUAACUAGACCAAGUAUAAAAAAAAGACAGGUCAGAGUCACCCAGUCAGCAGUACUUCCAGUUUUGCAACACAGGGUCAAACACACAGCACUGGUAUCAAACGGCACUCUGUUACAAGUGUGAGACAGCCAUGUUUGUUCUUUUUAAUUAUUUAUGGAAGACUGCAGAGAUGUUUUCAAAGAAAUAUGGCACUAGUGUUUAUAUUAAAGGGAACACAUCAUGGGGGUAAAAAUAGGAUCUGAAAUUGGUGCCUUAAUUAUUUGCUGAGGUGGUUUUUAGACAAAACAAACUAGGUACCUGGUGAAAUAAUUUAUUGUUUAUUAAAUUGUGUAGAUGGUUAUUUUUUAUUAUUGUUUCUUCUGGUGUGUGUGUGUGCUGUUUUUAGCUUUAUUUUGCAGUUACUGUUUGGCCGGUUCCACAUUUGUCAGUGACUGGCAUGAUCUUGAGGCAAAAAACAUGGACUGAAGUAACAAAUGUAUCACCGUUCGUAUCAGAGCAGUGAGUUUGUGUAUGUGUGUAGCUCGCCACCCUGCAAGUUGGUCAGCCGCAUGCUAAUACAUGUUAACCAUGCAUGUUAUUGAGUGGGUGAAAAUGGUUGUAGUGGGUCUGCAUUAUUACCAUGUAAAGACAGUGUUGUGCCCCUUGUAGAUUCUGGUUGCUUGUCGUCACAAGAGGUAGUGAUAGGACUCUGUAAAUGAAGGGGGGGGGGGGGGGUAAAAAAAACUAUUGGAAGCUACAGAGGUUCCUGAUUCUUUUGUUACAUUGGUUUAAAAAUGUUUGGCUGUUUAAAUCUUAAAUCCCUUUGUAAUCUUUUUAAAACCCCUGGUUUCCUUUGGUAUGUUUUAAUAAUCUUCACUGAGAUCCAUUUAAAAAAAAAGUACAUUUCGAAUGCUGUUCCCAAACGUUUUUGUGAAGUAUGUGUAGCUUAACAAUAAAGUUAGUGAAAGUCA